CUGUGCGAAGCAGCAGCACAUGAAGAGCGCGGGAAAGAGUUGAUGGCGCUUUUCCUUAAGCGGCGAGGAGACGAGGUCAAGAUUACAGACAAUGUCGUCAAAGCAGCAGCAAGGAACAGGAGCUGUGGGAGUGAAAUAAUGGCGCUUGUCCUUGAGCAGAGAGAAGACAAGUUUAAGAUGGCAGCUGGCUCAGUAGCUGAAAUCGCAAGGUCCUGUGACCAAGGAGCAGUGAAGUUGCUCCUUGAGCGGCGAGGAGACAAAGUCAAGAUGACAGAAGAGGUUGUUCAAGCUGCAGCAGGCAAUGAAAGAAGUGGGAGAGAAAUAAUAGAGCUGCUCCUUGAAAAACGAGGAGACGAGAUUAAGAUUACAGAGGAGGUGGCCCGAGCAGCAACACGGAAUUGGGACAGUGGGAGAGACGUAAUGGCAUUUCUCUUUGAGCAGCAGGGAGAUGAAGUCAAGAUCACGGAAGAGGUACUAAAAGCAGCAGCACGGAGCGAAGCAGUGAUGGUGUUUCUCCUUGAGCAGCGGGGAACCGAAGUCAAGAUUACGGAAGAGGUAGUAAAAGUAGCAGUACGGAGCCAACAAUUAGUGGCGCUUUUCUUUAAGAAGCGGGGAAAUGAAGUCAAGAUUACGGAAGAGGUAGUGAAAGUAGCAGCGAGGAACGAACAAGCAAUGGCGCUUCUACUCAAGCAGCGGGGACACGAAGUCAAGAUUACGAAAGGGGUAAUCGAAGCGGCAGCAGAGAAUCCGUGGCUCGCAAACGAGAUUAUAACGCUUCUCUUUGAACAGUCUCCGGAUAUUGUGCGGGAAAUACUUCGUGCGAACGCAAGUAGCUUCGAGGAAUCUAGUCCAACCUCCUUCCAUGUGGAGCUCAAUGGGCAUUCAGUACAUGUACCUAGACAGCGAGGCUAG